AUGAAAGCACACGUGUCAUUAAUGCUCAUGGCCUCCCAGGCCAUGGCAAGCUUUUACAACUCAAGCCUCAUUGCCGGGGGGCCGUACAACUCCGACCCGACAUUUGAAGAGAGUCGGUCUGAUGAAAUCUACCGGGAGGCCAUUACUAACCCAAAAGCGACACGCUCCAUCAAAUUCACUCCGUUUUCCGACAUAAGUUAUCCGUCCAACAGAGGUGACAGGGAAUGGACUUGGCGUGUUAAUGUAACCGAUUUCGCCUUCCCUCCUGCUAUCAACGUCACCGACAUCAAAGGAAAUCCAAUAACGAUUGACAGUCCACAUCAUGUCAGCACAACUUACGACUUUCAAUGGUCCGGUGGCGGCAACAUCUCGGACGCCCUGGGUACGACGACCGAACCGUUUUGUGUUACAGCACCUGACAUCAAAGUCUACCCGGCAAACGUUACCGAUCUCUACUCGGAGGAGAACGCGGACAGUACCGACUGCACGCCUGUGCUGGGCGAAGACUGCGUGCGUGCCAUCCUGACCAAGGGCAACAACCUCAGCUUCGAAGACAAGUGCAAUGGAAUCAAAAGCAUAUGGACGUCAUUCCCCGAGUGCAGCUCUACUCUGAAAUACGCGUCCGAAGCAAACUUGGGUCGUCAACUGUUCGGGUCGUACGGCGGAUUCGGUCUCGUGACCAUCAACAUCGUUCCAGACGGCACCAAUGCGCGCAACACAACAGCUGAACGAAAUAGGACGCUGGGAAUCACCAGCGGAGAGGGUUUCCUAGGCUUUCAUAGCGGAGUGAUUCCUGGGUCGAACGCUACGGAGCGAUAUCUCGCCGCCGCGAAUAGGGUGCAGAUACUCAUGAUUAGUCACGCUUUCAGAGAUGCAAGCGUAGGGGACACGGAGCUUCUCUGCAUGCGAGUAAACACGACGAGAUUAUCCGAGGGCGAGCCUAGCUCAGGUGUUCGAUAUGGGCCUGGGGCACCAUGGACAAUGCUAGCUGUCAUCUUGACUGGGCUGGCAUUACUACUGUAG